GCUUUUUCAUCUCUGUUUUUAUACGUUAGCUGCCAAAAGGCCGAGCCGGCAGAAACUACGUCACUUCCUUAAGGUAUUUCCAUUUGUUUGUGGCAAACGCCAGCAGUUACCAAGUACCUUUUACACCAAAGCUAACGUUACUAUUUUAACCAACAAUAUGCCGGGGGUGGAAAACUGCAUUGUCGUUAUUAUCUGUAAACGGCUCGUAUCCUGAAAUAAUGCACUUAUCAAACCGUUGAGCGUCCAGCAAAAGACAAGAAAAACGUGCGUUCGCGAGCAGAAGUAGUUGGCCGGCUUAACGUUAGCUAGCUAGUGUCGGUUAAUUGGCUAACUAUUGUUCGCUUGCCUGGUUCCUGCUCCCGUUGGUGUUGGCGGACAUUAGCUGACUGACGAGGGUGAGCCGAUGGAGUGCCCUCAUCUGAACUCCAACGUGAGCUCUCCUAUCGACACCUUCAGGCUCCCGAACGGCACUCCGUUCUCCUGGUGUUGCAACGCUUGUAGGUCUAAUAAGAGUCCAUGGAUUUGCCUUACCUGUCUGAUGGUCCAUUGUGGAAGAUAUGUCAAUGGGCAUGCAAAGAAACACUUUGAAGAUAGUCAAGUCAUCGGCAUUAGUCAAAAGAAGGGCGAGAAACAGGAGAAAGAGAUCCAUCAUUCUGUCUGCAUGGACUGCAGCAACUACAGUGUAUUUUGUUACAGAUGUAUGACUUUGGUUGUUAAUGACACCAAGCUUGGGCAGGUGCAGAAGCUCAGGGAACAUCUUCAGAGUUUAGAAAACUCAUUACGGAUGGGCGACAGACAGAGGAAAAGAAAACUUCAGGAAAACCCAGCUAUAGAUAGCAAGUUGUUGAAAGACAAUGAUGGGGCAGCUUUAUGUGCUACUGGCCUGCGCAACCUAGGAAACACAUGCUUCAUGAAUGCCAUUCUGCAGUCACUCAGCAACAUCAAGCAGUUCAGCUGUUAUUUCAAGGAGUUGCCUGCAGUGGCUCUACGUAGUGGUAAGACGGCAGGAAGAAGGAUGUACCACACCCGAAGCCAAGGAGACACUAGUGUGUCUUUGGUGGAGGAGUUCAGGAAAACCCUUUGUUCCCUUUGGCAAGGAAGCCAGACAGCCUUCAGUCCAGACUCCUUAUUUUAUGCUAUAUGGAAAAUUAUGCCAAGUUUCAGGGGCUAUCAGCAGCAGGAUGCACAUGAGUUCAUGCGUUACCUGCUCGACCACCUCCACAGGGAGCUCCAGUACAGUCGCAACGGGGCGUCUCACCCAGUCUCCCCUCCAGAUGGGGUCAGAUUAUCCACUCCAGAGGGCAAAUGCUGCAUAAAUGGGACUGCCAGUGUUGUCACAUCCAAUUUUGGUGGCAUACUUCAGAAUGAAGUCAACUGCCUGAUAUGUGGAACAGAAUCUCGGACGUUUGAUCCAAUUCUUGAUCUGUCUUUGGACAUUCCCAGCCAGUUCACAAAGAGAACUAAGGACCAGGAGCCAGGGCCAACCUGCACUUUGCGUGACUGCUUGCGUAGCUUCACUGACCUGGAAGAACUUGAUGAAACGGAGCUGUUAUGCCAUAAGUGUAAAAAGCGACAGAAAUCCACAAAGUUCUGGAUCCAGAAGCUGCCAAAAGUUUUGUGUCUACAUCUAAAAAGGUUCCACUGGACAGCCUUUUUAAGAAACAAGGUGGAUACCUAUGUGGAGUUUCCACUGAAAGGCCUGGACAUGAGACGCUACUUACUUGAGCCAGAGAAUUCCUUACCAGGCAGCUGCCUGUAUGACCUUGUUGCUGUCGUAGUGCACCACGGAUCUGGGGUUGGAUCAGGGCAUUAUACAGCAUAUGGCAGCCACGAGAGCCAAUGGUACCACUUCAACGACAGCACAGUGAGUCUGACCAAUGAGGACAUAGUGAGGAAGGCCAAGGCCUACAUCCUCUUUUACGUGGCGCGGACGGAACAGGUGGCCUCAGACAAGACUGCUACAAACAAGCCCGCUGUGGACACCGCAGCCACGGACAGUGGUCCUUCAGAAGAAGUUGCUCAGGACAAGGUUGCAGUAGACACAGAUAUGGUUUUGAUAGAUGUCCCAGCCUCACACAUGAAUACCCAGGAUGUGGAAGCCCCAGAGAAUGCUGCUGCAUUGGAAAAUGUGGGUGAAGACAUGGCUGAACUGCAUAAAGCUUAUGUGGUGUCAAUGGAUGCUGCAACAGAUAGUGAUACCUCAGACAAGGUGGCAACAGAGGAAGCCAGCCAAGCUAUAUAAGCCGCUGCACAAUGAUUUUGUCGGACUGCCUCAGACCAGCUACUCACUCCAUUUUGGCUUCACCUCGAUCGCAUUUCUCAUCGGGCUUGAGUUUAAAUAGUCAUGUUCACAUUUUAAUAUAUGUGUAACUAUUACGUUUAAUUUUUUUAUCACCUGCAUGGCAACAUCCUGUAUAAUUUGCUGCUUGAAACUUGUUUAGUAUGAUUAUUUGGAUUUAUUUCCUUGAUGUUGUAUUCCUCAGUUGAGGUAGACUUCUCUGUAUGUAAUAGAUUCCAAAUGUGAUUGUUUAAAAUAUUGAAGUAAAGCUGUAGCUUGGGAAAACCUCUGUUGGUCCAAUAUUUAGCCUAGACUAAAGAAAUUGAUUGUGUCAAGACACUGUCAUUGUAACGAUAUUUAAAGUUUCUAUUGAUUUUAAAGUUUCUAAUUUUGUAAUUACUUUUUAUGUUGGUUGACAAACUAUACAUUAGAAAGUUCUUUCAACUUAUUGACCAGAACCAAUAUAAAGGAAAUUAUCACUCAAAUGUU